AUGGCGUCUUUCGCGAUGAUCUGCACAGUGGUAGUCAACGAGUCGUACUCAACGACGCACGCCUGGGCCGCCUGGGCAGGUGCUAGUGGCGCCAUUUUCGAGGUAGGCAUAAGUCCCCGGGAAAAAGCUGCGUGGCGUUCAAGGACGAAAAUGCUCGGUUCAACGUGA